UGUUUCCGCAUUCCGUGAAGAGCUGUCAGCAGGAGCGCAAGUUGGAGAGGACACUGUAGCGUCUGUGAAGGGACCGCUUCAGUCAUUCCCAGGGGAAUAAAGGACCGAAAGCCAAGGAGCGGGGAUGCCUUACAUGCUCAUCAGUACGCAGAUCCGACUGGAGAAUGGUCCAACAAAUGUGGGAGAUGAAUUUUCUGAUCCAGCAGUCAUGAAUUACCUGGGAGCAAGAAAAACAACCAUGCUGGGAAACAAUUUCUCUGAAUACCAUGUGGACGACCCACCUCGCCUGGUGCUCGACAAGCUGGAGAAGAUCGGCUUCCGCGUGCUGACGAUGACGGGCGUGGGACAGACACUGGUGUGGUGUCUCCACAAGGAGACAGAGUGAUCGAUCACGAAGAGACAGCUGACUGUAUCAGAAUAUCUCCAUAAGCCUUUAAAAGGAUGAAUGAUUUGUCUUCAAAAGCUUUGUCAUUUGUUUUUGUUUUUUUAAUAUACUUUACCUGCUCUGUAUUCAACAUUUGCAGCUAUAAAAUCAGCUCUUUGUGGAAGUGCAAGUAAAGUUUAAAAGUUGAGAUUAUCCCUUACAUAAGGUUUCAGAUUACCUGCAAUGGGUCAUAGGUUACCAAUUUCAAGAGGAAAACAAAACUACAUUUUGGGGAUUUUAUAAGAUCCUUUGCCAAUAUUGUUGCUGUUUACUACUGAUGUCCAAGAGCAGGAAGUGAAGUAGGUUUAAUGUAUCAUAUAGCUUCUAAGUAAACAGUACUGUGCUUUAUAGAUUUGUACAUACAUCAAUGUGUAAAAAUUCUUUUUUUAAUAUGAUUAAAUGAAGUGAUGAUCUCGAAUAA